CUAAUGCUGUGCCUCUGGCAGUCCCUGGCAGGGAAGGAGAGCUGGCAGCUGGUCAGUAUGGACAUGGUGGUGAGCUCUCCCAGGUUCCCCAUCUUUGACCUGGUCAGAGGAAAGCAGUAUUGCUUCAGGAUCCGCUCUGUCAACAAGUACGGUGUGAGUGACGUCUCGGAGGCCAGCGCACCCAUCUCCCUGAGAGAGCCCCAAGCGGUGCCAGGUCCAGCCUGCUCGGUCCAAGCUGUCACAGACACAGACACCUCAGUACUGCUGUUGUGGCAGCCGCCAAAAGACAAAGACGACGUCCUGGGUUACUACCUGUACUACAGCGAGGCCGGCAAACAAGAAUGGAAGACUGUCAACAACAAGCCUGUGACCAGCACGAGGUUUACGGUCCAUGGCCUGAAGACCCAGAAGGAUUAUGUGUUUAGGGUGAAGUCUGUGGGCCGAGCAGGAAACAGCAAGUACUCGGAUGAGUCAUCCCCCAUCCUGGUCAGAUCAGCCAUUUCUGCACCGUCCUCUCCCCAGGCCAUUGUCCUGCUGCUGUGCACCGGUUCAGAAAUGAUUCUUUCCUGGAGGGCGCCUGCCUGCGAUGGAGGAGACACGGUACGUGGUUACUACUUGGACCAGAGAGAGAAGGGACUGGACACGUGGAGAGAGGUUAACGCCAAACCUGCCAGGGAGAAGCCUUAUAAGGUUACCAACUUGACUGAUGGGAAUUACUACCAGUUUCGUGUCUUUGCUGCCAACAUGGCUGGCUUGGGAAAGCCGUCUGAAGCCAGUGAGGAUUUCCUGUGUAAGGAGUGGACAAUGCCAGAGCCUGGCUGUCCAUAUGACCUGGAGUACAGGGAGGUGAGGCACGACUCUUUGGUGCUGCUGUGGGCGGCACCCCUGUAUGAAGGACGGAGCCCUGUCAUUGGCUAUCUGGUGGAAAGCAGCAGGAGCGACCAGUCAGAACACUGGUCUGCUGUGAAUGAUAAGCCAGUCACUGAUACCUUCUACAAGGUUACAGGUCUUCAGGCCGGUCAGACCUACCGUUUCCGUGUGUCUGCUGUCAAUGCGGUUGGAGUGGGUGGGACUUCCUUGCCCACAGAGCCAGUCACAGCCCAGACCCAACCAGGCACCAAAAAUAUUGAGAUUGGUGUUGACAAUGACGGCUUCAUAUUCCUGGGCUACGAGGCAAUGGAAAUGACAGACCGGAGCAAAUUCAUCUGGAGCCGAGACUACAGAAACGCUAUCGAUGGUGGGAGAGCCAGGGUGGAGAACAAGAACAACAGGUCAGUCCUCACCUUCACAGACCCCAGUGAGGAAGACUUGGGUCUCUACACGGUGGAGAUGAGUGACAAUCCCCACCUUUCCUCCAGCUACGACUUCACCUGUGAAGACCUUGAAAGACUGAAGGAUCUCAGCUGGCAGGUCAGAAACCCACUGAUAGCGUUGAAGUCAGGCUGGCAGGUGGAUGUGAUGGAGCAAGGCGAUGUGCGUCUCUGGCUUCAGACCGAGAAACUGAGCAAUGCCGCAGAGCUCCGCCUCAUCUUCAACGACCACGAGAUCAGCAGCUCUCCGCACCGUAAGAUUAACUUCGACAAGGCCAGCGGUCUGGUUGAGAUCCUGUUUGAUCGACUGUCUCUGGAAGACGAGGGCUCCUACACCGCCCAGCUGAGGGAUGGACGUGCCAAGAACCAGUUUACUCUGGUCUUCGUAGAUCAAAAGUUCAGGCAAGCUUUGGCCCUGGCUGAUGCCAACCGACAUGACUACCAAAGAAAGAAAGGACCACAUUUCCUGGAGUUCCUGUCGUGGAUCGUGACCGAGGACUGUGAGUUGAUAGUGAAGUGCAAGGUGACAAAUGUCAACAAGGACACAACUCUCAAAUGGUUUAAAGAGGGCACGGAGGUGAAGCAAGCCGUGUAUGACGGUUCGUCGGGAGUCAGCACACUUACUAUCCCACAGGUGACACAGAAAGAAGCCGGCUUGUACAAAGCGGUGGUGGCUGAUGGGAGAGGAGAGGAUGUCAGCACGUUGGAGCUGCUGGACCAAGAGUACGAGCGGCUCCUCCAGCACUUGAGCAAACAAUGUGCCUUGUCAGCGGGCCCAGUGAAAAUUCAGUGUACCUCAGAGGGUUUCAAGCUCUAUUGCUCCCUAAAAUACUAUCUGAGCUACUUGAAGACCAGCUGGCACUUCAAGGAGAAGAGGAUUGACCAGGAUGCUCGGACCAAGCCUGGGAGCACUAUGCAGAAGGUCUGGAUCGAGAUUUUUAACCCAACUGAGAACGACAAAGGCAAAUACACUCUGGAAAUGUUCGAUGGCCAGGAGACACACAAACGGCAUCUCGAUCUGUCUGGCCAAGCCUUUGCUGAUGCCCUGCUGGAGUACCAGAGGCUGAAGCAAGUGGCGAUUGCUGAAAAAAAUCGGGCCAGAGUGACGAAGGGUCUCCCCGAUGUCGUGGCCAUCAUGGAGGGCAAGUCUCUGUGUCUGACUUGCUUCAUGGACGGCGAUCCGGCCCCAGAGGCCUUCUGGCUCAGGAACGACAAAGAGCUCAGCAGCCAGAGUCAGUUCAGCAUCACCAUGGAGCCCAAGUCCACAAGCCUGAUUAUCAACAACGUCACGAUGCAGGACUCCGGUAACUACAGCAUCUUCGUGCGUAACAAGUACGGCUCUCAGACGGUCGACGUCACCGUGAGCGUGUACAAGCGCGGGGAUAAGCCGCCGCUGAAUGCAGUGCAGAUGGAUUAAGGCACCAGAAAUAGCCCCGCCGAGACCGAAGUGUGUUUCUCCGCGGAACAGCGUGCCUCUUGGUGUGAGUUGUGUCAGAUUGGAAAUAGAAAUGUUAUUGGUUUGAAAAUGAGGCGGUGGUGUGUGUUGUGUGUGGGUGGAUGUAGGUGCAGAUUAAAGUUUGUUGAGCAAGGCAGAAGAUGUCUGCAACAAGGCUCACAACACAGUACUAAUAGUUCCUGUACUCUGCUAAUCCCUCUUUGUGCAUUUAACUGUCGUGCAGUGAAGCUGCCUGGAAGGAUGUUAUAUCACUUUACAGCCGUGUGUGGAUGGUCCGUCCUUGCUGGAAGACAUACUUACUGUGAGGUUAAAGGUCAGCGUCAUGAGGUGACAUCAGCACCAGUUAAACCGUUGUUAGAAAGUCUUUGUUACGGCACAAAUUGGCAUUGUUCAAGUUUCCAGUUAGAAUUAAAAAAUGUGUUUUUGUGAGAUGUGUCAUGUCAAACCUGCCCUUUAGUGAUGGACAGAGUGAAGUCUGUAUGCUGCUGUACCUAAAGGCCCCAGUAGUCACCCCCAAACCAGGACAAACCUGCCCUGUAGUGAUGGACAGAGUGUAGUCUGUAUACUGUUCCUAAAGGCCCCAGUAGUCACCCCCAAACCAGGACAAACCUGCCCUGUAGUGAUGGACAGAGUGAAGUCUGUAUACUGUUCCUAAAGGCCCCAGUAGUCACCCCCAAACCAGGACAAACCUGCCCUGUAGUGAUGGACAGAGUGUAGUCUGUAUACUGUACCUAAAGGCCCCAGUAGUCACCCCCAAACCAGGACAAACCUGCACUGUAGUGAUGGACAGAGUGAAGUCUGUAUGCUGCUGUACCUAAAGGCCCCAGUAGUCACCCCCAAACCAGGACAAACCUGCACUGUAGUGAUGGACAGAGUGAAGUCUGUAUACUGUUCCUAAAGGCCCCAGUAGUCACCCCCAAACCAGGACAAACCUGCCCUGUAGUGAUGGACAGAGUGAAGUCUGUAUACUGUUCCUAAAGGCCCCAGUAGUCACCCCCAAACCAGGACAAACCUGCCAUGUAGUGAUGGACAGAGUGAAGUCUGUAUACUGUUCCUAAAGGCCCCAGUAGUCACCCCCAAACCAGGACAAACCUGCCCUGUAGUGAUGGACAGAGUGAAGUCUGUAUACUGUUCCUAAAGGCCCCAGUAGUCACCCCCAAACCAGGACAAACCUGCCCUGUAGUGAUGGACAGAGUGAAGUCUGUAUACUGUUCCUAAAGGCCCCAGUAGUCACCCCCAAACCAGGACAAAGCUCAAGUACUGACCUGUGGAGCGUUUACAGAAUCACAUGCCUCCUCUGUGUUCACAUGCUAAUAAAGUUUUACCUUUCAA